CCCUGCCUCCUCCACAGCCGGUCGGACAGGUAUCUCAGACAGGUGGCAGCCGCUCCAGGCACCGCGCAGGUUAACCCGCAAACACACAGAGGGGGGCUGUCGCAGCCGGACCGGAGCUGGGCUGUAAGCAGCGACAGCUCUUGUCUUUAACUUGCUCUGCACACUGACUUUAUCACUUUUGGGAAUAUAUUUAUGUAAGACUUCCGGUCUCGACUGACGGUAGUGUGGUGGAGCCGCUGAGCGGACUCCCCUCGCCCAGUCCACGAGACCCCCUGCUCAGCCCUGAUUCACACAUGGAUGCUCAGGGGUAUAAGUGGGUGCGAUGGCGGGUGUGGUUGUGUCGCCUGGCUGCCCUGCUGUCCUUGGGUUUCCUCCUGAUCGUGUUUCACUGGCGCCCGAGGCUUGGUGUCCUCGCCCGCUGCUGCUCCUGCCCUCUGGCUUUGGCAGAUAUUCUGCUAAUCAGAGACUGUUUCGGACAGCAGCAUGUGGUGGAGGUCCUCACAGAGGAGAUGGAGGAGGGCAGUUUGGAUUUGUUGGGAGAGCUGGAGGACACUGAAUGGAGAGAUACAGUUCAGCUGUACCAGGAGAAGAAAAUCCUGCUGCGCUACUACCUGUUCGAAGGACUGCGCUACAUCUGGCUGGACAGAAAAGGAGCAUUCUGUCGUGUUAGUGUCCUCAAUGAGGACUGGACCUGCAAGGACCUGUAUGGCUUCCAAAAGGGCCUGAGUCACCUGGAGCAGAGCUCGAGGAGACGCAUGUAUGGGCCGAAUCUUAUUGAUGUGCCUGUGAAGCCUUACAUGAAGCUGCUGUUUGAAGAGGUCAUCAACCCCUUCUAUGUGUUCCAGUUAUUCAGCAUCACCCUGUGGAUGAUUGAUAAUUAUUAUAUUUACGCCAUAUGUAUAUUCAUUAUCUCCAUUGUGUCCAUCUUUAUCUCGCUAUAUGAGAUUCGCAAGCAAAGUGUCACUCUUCGCAGCAUGGCGCGGUUUGUCACAAAAGUCACAAUAAGGAGAAACUCAGCAGCAGAGGAGUGUGUGAGUUCGGAGGACCUGGUCCCUGGUGACUGUAUAAUCAUCCCUCAGGAAGGUCUGCAGCUGCCCUGUGAUGCUGCCCUGCUGGCUGGGGAGUGUCUGGUGAAUGAGAGCAUGCUCACAGGUGAAAGUGUCCCAGUGCUGAAAACCCCACUGCCUGCUGGUGAGCGGACGUACAGCUCAGAGACUGAGCGACGACACACCCUCUUCUGUGGCACCCAGCUCAUUCAGGCUAAAGGAGGCGGGCCAGGAGGCAGUGGUGCUGUUGCUGUGGUCACAAGCACUGGGUUUUUCACAGCCAAAGGUAACCUGGUCAGCUCCAUUUUGUAUCCUCAGCCGACCAACUUCCGCUUCUACCAAGACUCUGUCAAGUUCCUGCUCAUCCUGGGUUGUGUUGCUCUGAGCGGCACAAUUUACAGUUUUGUGGUCCUCUUCAGAUCCAGUAUGACCUGGAUGGAGCUGAUGAUUAGGAGCCUGGAUAUCGUGACCAUCGCGGUGCCUCCUGCCCUGCCAGCUGCCAUCACCACGGGCACUAUCUACGCUCAGAGCAGACUGAAGCGACAGGGUGUCUUCUGCAUCAGUCCGCCACGCAUCAACAUCUGCGGCAAGGUGUCAGUCUUCUGCUUUGACAAGACAGGAACUCUUACAGAGGACGGUCUGGAUGUGUGGGGAGUGAUGGAAGGGGGACCUGCUGGUUUUUCUGAGCUGGUCCCAGAGCCCAGGCUCCUGCCCCCAGGGAACAUACUGACAGGCCUGGCCUGCUGUCACACUGUGACACUGUUGCGAGAUCAGCCCCUGGGAGACCCUCUGGAGCUCAAGAUGGUCGAGUCCACUGGUUGGACACUUGAGGAGCCCGAGGGAGAUGGAAAGGUGCUGGAUGCAGAGUUUGGAGGCCACAGAGUUUUGGCUGUUAUGAGACCUCCAACUCAACAGCUCUCAGCUCAAGGACCUUCCGCGAGGAAGGCGGUGGCCAUUGUGCAGAGGUUUGCCUUCUCCUCGACCCUGCAGAGGAUGAGUGUGGUGACGGUGGCCCGCGGGGGACACACGGCUCUUGCUUUCAUCAAAGGAUCCCCAGAGAUGGUGGCUAGCCUCUGUCUAUCAGAAACCGUGCCAGCACAGUUCUCAGGAAAGCUGCAAAGCUUCUCCAGUGAAGGCCUCAGGGUUCUUGCACUUGCCUAUAAACCAUUAGACAGCAACACGGACUUCAGGAACAUUGAACGAGGGGAGGUAGAGAAAGACAUGCACUUCCUGGGCUUGCUGAUGAUGAAGAACCUGGUGAAGCCGGAGAGUGCCAAGGUCAUUAAGAUCCUGAGACUUGCACAACUUCGCAGCGUCAUGGUCACCGGAGACAACAUUUUAACAGCAGUCAAUGUUGCAAAAAGCUGUGGGAUGGUGGGAUCAGAUGAGAAGGUGAUAUUCGUCAAUGCAACCCCCCACACUGCCCAGUCCAUGCCCACCCUGAGGUUCAACCUGGAAGACGGAGGGGCUACGGCCUCCCAAAGCGCGGUGGAGGUCAUCACUCAGGGCCUGUAUCAGGGUGGUUUUGGCUAUCACUUGGCUAUAAGUGGCAAGUCCUUCGCUGCCCUCUGUGACCAUUUCCCUGAGUAUCUGCCAAAGGUUUUGUUGCGAACCACUGUAUUUGCGCGCAUGACUCCUGACCAGAAAACCCAGCUGGUGAAGGAGCUGCAGAAGCUGGACUACCGGGUGGGCAUGUGUGGCGACGGGGCCAAUGACUGUGGGGCUCUGAGAUCUGCUGAUGUCGGAGUCUCCCUGUCUGAAGCCGAGGCUUCAGUCGCCUCACCUUUCACCUCCAGGACAGACAACAUCACCUGUGUGCCGCUUCUCAUCAGAGAGGGCCGAUGUUCCCUGGUCACCUCCUUCAGUCUCUUCAGAUACAUGGCCCUCUACAGCCUCAUUCAGCUGUGCUCCGUCCUCACCCUCUACACUAUGAAGACGAGCAUGGCAGACCUGCAGUUCCUGGUCUGUGACAUUUUUGUGGUGUCUGUGCUGGCCAUCGUGAUGGGGAGGGGAGGCCCCAGCGAGGAACUGCACCCCCGCAGACCCCCAGCCAGUCUGAUAACUGUGCCUGUCCUGGGCAGCAUCUUCAUCCACACCUGCAUGAUCAUCCUGGGCCAGCUGUCUGGGCUCUUCAUCACCAUGUCACAGGACUGGUAUAUUCCACUCAAUUCAACAGUUUAUGGAGCAGCCAAUCUGCCCAACAUGGAGAACACCAGUGUGUUUGCCAUAGCAGGUUUCCAGUACAUCAUCAUGGCUGUGGUGGUCACCAAGGGCUACCCUCACAAGAAACCCCUCUUCUACAAUUUGAUUUUCCUCGGUAUACUGUUCGUCCUCUUUGGCCUGAUGAGUUGGCUGGUGUUGUAUCCUGGGCCUUUAGUUUGUAAACACCUUGAAAUGUACAACUUCACUGACAUGGGUUUCAAAAUGCUGCUCGUCGCCGUGGCUGCUCUCAACUUCGUCAUUUGUUUUGUUGUGGAGGUGCUGAUAGAUGUGGGUAUCCUGAACUGUCUUCGCUCACUGUGGCAGAAGCGUCAGUCAAAGAAACUGUACAAACGUCUGGACGUCCUUUUGUCGAACUCCCCAUCAUGGCCGCCUCUAAAUCAACCCCUGUACCCCACAGAUCACACAGUCAUCAGCCUUAGCUAGCAUCUACUUUUUCCUCUGUGGCACACUUACAGUCAUCUAAGCCAAACAGUGCUGUGGAUCCACAAAAUCCACAGCUUGACCAAUAAUGCAAAGUCAUGUUUACCUGUAUUAAUAAAAACUAUUUUUUAUCUAAA